CGUUCCUAAAGAUUAGAACUGAACUGAAUACGAUUACAAUUGUUAUUGUUUUUGUGUUUGUGAAUUUGGUCAUAAGAAAAUAAUAUAUUUUAUAUUUCGUUUUCGUGCAAAUUUAUUUCUGAUUAUAAAUGUUAUUUAUUCUUUAACUUUAUUAUUCGGGAUUGGAAUUCAAUCUCUUCAGAAAAGAGCUCUGAAAUUUAUAACAUUUUCGGUGCAUCUUCUGCCAGUACCAAAUAUCUCAUCGAAGAACCAUUUUUACAGAACUGUAGAAAUAUAAAAUAUGGCGUCUACCAGUAGACCUGAUGAUUACCGAAGGAAGUGGGAUAGAGAGGAAUAUGAAAAAUUAGCCCAAGAAAAACUAGAGGAAGAUGAAUUUGAUUUUGAUUGGAAAUCAGAUAAACAGCCUCCUGUUCGUCGAGAAUUCUUAAAACCAAGAGAUUAUAGGGUUGAUUUAGAAUCAAAGCUUGGAAAAACAACUGUAAUUACAAAGACAACUCCUGCUUCUCAAACUGGAGGAUAUUACUGCAAUGUCUGUGACUGUGUUGUGAAGGAUUCUAUAAAUUUCUUAGAUCAUAUAAAUGGAAAAAAACAUCAGAGAAAUCUUGGCAUGUCAAUGCGAGUAGAAAGAUCAACUCUUGAUCAAGUAAAGCAAAGAAUGGAAAUGAAUAAAAGAAAGAGAGAAGAAAAACAAAAAGAAUAUGAUUUUGAACAGAGACUUCAAGAAUUAAAGGAUGAGGAAGAAAAAUUGAGAGAAUAUCGAAGAGAAAAAAGGAAGGAGAAGAAAAGAAAAGCUACUGAAUCAACUGAUGACUAUGGUGAUCCAGACAUGGCCGCAAUUAUGGGAUUCUCUGGCUUUUGUUCUUCCAAGAAAUAGUACAUAUUUUUUAUCAAGUCCCAAUAUGAUGUAAAUAUUUUAGUUCAUACUCUACAUUGCUCUUAUGUAUCAUAUUAAUAAAAAAAAGUUGUAAUAAA